CUGAGAAAAAUAUUAUUUUUGUGCAUAUGGAAAAUGUCUGCCAUCUUUUAGGGGACCAACAUUUUACACGUUGCAUUUAUAUUUUUGUUCAGUAUAGACUGCCAUGCACCGAUUGCCUCGGGGACCUGCGUUAAAUAAGAAAAUGCCUCUGAAAAGCUAUUUUGAGAGCAAUAAUUGGCUUACACGUACAACUACAAAACCUUAAAGUAACCAAAGCUGCGACACGAGAGCUCCUUUUUUGUUUCCAACUACGUGUAACUUUCAUUCGGUCGGCAGACAAAAGUAGGCUACUCAGAAAACGUACUUCUUCUCCGUCAACUGAGUAGCCUAGCUGACAGCCCUCCCCUUUAUUCGCCUCUUCGCCCUGGCGGUGAUCAUUGGAUUUUGAGUGCCCUGGAGAACUCCACGAAGAGGGAAUGAAAUAGGACUUCAUACCAGGAUCAUGGCGGCGCCGCUCGGGCGGGAGACCUUACCUGAGCACUGGUCCUACGGUGUCUGCGGAGAUGGCAGGGUGUUUUUCGUUCACGAUGAAACGAACACGACUGCUUGGCUCCAUCCGAAAACGGGCGAACCUGUCAAUUCCGGACACAUGAUACGGUCAGAUUUACCUCGAGGAUGGGAAGAGGGUUUCACGGACGAAGGGGCCAUCUACUUCAUAAACCAUAACCAGAGGACCACGACGUUCCGGCACCCCGUGACGGGACAGGUGUCUCAGGAGAACGUUGGUUUUAUCCUCCAAGAAAUGCCCGGCGGCCGCAUGUCAAACCCCCAGCAAGCCGACUUGAGGCCCUCCAGCACCAUCAGCGAGGCUUCCACCGCCGUCACCACUUCCACCGUGGACACCACCUCGGGGUCAAAGGGAUCCAGGUCCAGUGGGAGGGUGCACAGUUUUGGGAAGCGAGAGCAGUCCAUCAAGAGGAACCCCAAUGUCCCCGUGGUGGUGAGAGGAUGGCUCUACAAACAGGACGGCUCUGGAAUGAGGCUUUGGAAGAGGAAGUGGUUUGUGCUGGCUGACUACUGUCUGUUCUACUAUAAAGACAGCAGGGAGGAGUCAGUCCUGGGUAGUAUUCCUCUGCCCAGCUAUGUCGUCUCAGCCGUGGAGCCUGAGGACCACAUCAGCCGCAAGUACGCCUUCAAGGCCAACCACACGGGCAUGCGCUCGUACAUUUACAACCGGAGCACUGUGAUUGACUCGCAGGCGGAGCACGGCGGCAUGCGGACGUACUUCUUCAGCGCCGACACGCAGGAGGACGUGAACGGCUGGGUGAAGGCCAUGAACCAGGCGGCGCUGAUGCAGAACCAAACUGACAGCCUCAAGAGGCCGUCGGAAACAUCAGAGAAAUCGGAAAUACCCAACACGUCGGAACGCAAGGGGUUCCCCCAAACCAACCACGUCAACAACUACACAAAGACCUCACGCGAACCCCGAGCCGACCCCCAUCUCCAUAGCGAUGGAGUGGUCCUUGAACCUGCCGAUAUCCAAGAAACCGAGGAGCGCCGUAGCUUCCGGAACGACCCACUCAAUCCCAUCACUUCCAAGAUUCCUUCCCUCGGUGGAGGAAGCGUGGAAAUUGAAAUGGAUGCCGUCCCUCCAAACAGUCUCCUUCCCUCCCUAACUCCUGACUCCGCCUCCGCACCCACAUCCGCGCCCCCGUCCAGGGCACCAUCGCGCGCCCCGUCGCGCGGCGCCUUCACCCUGCCCCCCGGGGCCUGUCUGAGGAACGGGACACCCACUCCGGAACCCAACGGGAUGGGGACGGGGACGUACCAGAGGGCCACGCUGACCCCCCAGGUGGUUGACACUCAAAGGCAGGUGCAGAGGAGGAGCGCCCUGGAGCAGGUGGAGCACUGGGUCAAGGUGCAGAAGGCCGAGCACAAAGGCCCCCCCUCAAGAGGGGGCACCCUCCCUCGUCACAGCCCCCCGACCGCCGCGCGCCAAGGGGAGUACAAAUACGCACAGGACCGCCUCAGCCACUUCCGACUCGGACCCUCAGACCCCCAGGGUACCGGCGCCAGGGACGGGGGUGGCAUCGGUGGGCCUGGCACCGUGUGGCAGCUCUACGAGUGGCAGCAGCGCCACCAGUUCCGCCACGGCAGUCCCACUGCCCCCCUCUACACACCUGCCCCGGACUAUCCCUUCGGGCCCAGGCCCCCCUCCACGGUGCCCCCCUCGGCCCCGCGACCCAGUUCUGAGGUUCCCCGCUGUGUGUCGGUGCCCCCAGACCCCUCCGAUAUCCUCCCACCGGGCCCCCAGAGCUCCAGGGCCCUGUCCCCGCCACGGAGGCCCCACACACCCGCUAACCGGGUGGUGGUAAUGCCCCAGGGGGGGAGAGAUGCACUGGACAUGCCGGUGGCUGGGUCCCCACGAAGAGCCAAGUCUCAACUACUCAAGGCUGCCACCAUCGAGAGACGGUCCAUGCCUCCCUCCAACUACAUCACACACACAGUCAGCGCGCCCAGCCUUCACGGGAAAACGGUUGACGAUACGUACAUGCAACUGAAGAAAGACCUGGAGUAUCUAGACUUGAAGGUGAUUGGAAGUCAGACGUUGAAAGAAGCAACGAGACCCGUCAGAGUAGCCGAGAGUGACGUGGAUGUGAAACUCAGCCGGUUAUGUGAGCAGGACAAGACCCUGAAGGAACUGGAGGUCCAGAUCAGCUCACUAAAGGAGGAUAAGGACAAGCUGGAGUCGGUGCUGGACGUGUCCCACCAACAGAUGGAGCUGUACAGAGACCAGGCAGCCCACCUGGAGAAGAUAGCCUACCAGCAGAGACUCCUACAGGAGGACGUGGUGCACAUCAGGGCCGAGAUCUCCAGCGCGUCCACGGAGAUGGCCCGGGCCUGGGAGGACUACAGCAGGCUGGAGAGCUCUGUGGAGCAGUUGAGGGCCGUGCUAGAGGCACACAUGAACCACAGCGCCACCCCUCAGCAGGAGAAAACAGAGAUAAAGCGGGAGCUGUGGAGGAUAGAGGACGUGAUGGCAGGACUGAGCUCCAGCAAAGCCAACUACAAGAUCACAAUCGACUCAGUGCAGAACCCAGAGAGGAAACUAGUGGCUUCAGUGCCGGACCCUGCAGUGCCUUCACAGAGCGCGACGCCCCCCGUAGGGGAAGUUAGGCCCCCUCCUCGCAGCUCCUACACGCUGCCUCACAACCCCGUGCCAAAAUGGGCAGAAGAUGAGGCUCCUCCCAGACCACCCCUGCCCUGCCUCUACGAUUAUGAAGACCCGCCCCCCGCCAUCCCACCCCUCCCCAAAGAGGCGUCGGUGGUAGUACGACACACGUCGGUUCGCGGGCUCAAACGCCAGUCGGACGAGAGGAAGAGGGACCGAGAGAGCGGAGGGUGUGUCAACGGAGACUUUAAAGUGGAGCUGCGGUCAUACCUGAGUGAACCAGAACUGCCCGGGACGGGCCAGAGCAGCACAGGGUCUGAGGGGGACUACCAGACCCUCCCAAACAAAGGUCUGUCGGGCUCAUCGCCGAGGCUGAACCAGUCCAGUAACAUCUCCUCCUACGUGACCCUGAGGAGGGGGGCGGCUGCCUCUGCAGAGAGGGAGAGACCCAAGAGUGCUUUGGAGCAGCUGUACUCCUCUGGCCAGCAGCCCCAGCCUCUGGCCCAGGCCCCCCGGGGCCGCAUGAGCGCAGAGGAGCAGCUGGAGCGCAUGAAGAGGCACCAGAGGGCCCUGGUGCGCGAGCGCAAGAGGAACCUCAGCCAGGGAGAACGCCACUCCAACACUGCUCAUCGUACCUCCUCCUCCACCAGGGCUCUCUCCUCCACUGACCUGGGCUCAUGGAGGCGAGAGCAGCAGGACUUUGAUUUGCAGCUGGUGCAGAAAGCUCAGGUGGAAGAGCGACAGGUUGCCGAGGGCCAGAGCGACGAGGGGCGGAGCGAGCUGAAGGAAAGGGAGAGGAUCCAAUCAGACGAGUGGCUCUCAGUGAUGGCCAUGCCCACGAUUGCCACACCCAUGAGGGAGACUGACAUGGAGCCUCUCGACUAUGACCUGGAUCUCAGUCGUGAGCUUUCCAAGCCCCAAAAGGUGUCUAUCCCAGAGCGCUAUGUGGAGUCGGACCCCGAGGAGCCUCUGAGUCAGGAGGAGAUGGAGGAUCGUCAACGCAGAGCAGAACGCAUCAAAAACAUCCUGGCCAAAUCCAAUUUUCAGAACAUACACCCGUCGUCUGGCGCGUCUGUCCCACUGAACUUCACUGAUUUGGACAUCGCCAUGCAGCAGCAGGAGAGGAUCAUGACUGUGUCCCACGCCUUGGCCUCGGAAGCCUCCGUUAAGAGCAAGCAGUUCACAGCCAAAGCUCAGCUGAGCUCUGACUGACCGUUGACUCAGACGCCAAGGCACCAACAGGACCUCCGUGUGGAUGAAAAUUGUUUGGAGUUCACUGACAAAAGUGAAGUGAUUUUGUAUUAGGCUUUUUAUUAGAGCUAAAACGAGAUGUUUUGAAGAACCAAAAAGAGUUAUUUGAAACUACACUGCGUGUACCUAAUGUUAAGGUUUAAUUGGAGUUGUUUUUACAUGCUUUUGCACUUUUAUGGCGUGUUGUGUGAAAUUAUUAACACCUACUAGUUUUUGCAAUAGAGAGUAAUUAGCUGUUUUUUUUGCAGUGUGGUCUAUUUUCAAAGCAAUGUUUUCUAAGGUCGCAGAUAGGGAAAUGUAUUUAUUUUGAGUAAUGAAAGAAUCUUGCACCAAAUAACUUUUUGUAGCUCAGCAAUGCCACCUAAUGCUUUGGCCAAUCAACUGUAUCAUUUAAAAAGGAAAGAAACCAUACUGGUGUUUUAUUGAAAUAAAGGGUUUAACAAAA